ACUUCGGUCGGUGAACAGAACGACCAUAUGUUGACUUUAUAAGGAAAGGUGGAACGGCGUGUGUAGGCGUAGCGCUAUAAAACCGUCUUCAGGAAUUCUACCUCCAUCCCAGACACGGCCGUAUCGUAGAGCAAACCUGCUCUGUCGCUGCUUGUUUAACCAGAGAUCCACUACGAACCUUGAAUUCCAAGCAACAUUGUGAAGUCUGGGUUGCUAUAAAUUAUCUAAAGGUCAUUGUUACAAUUUAAGUUUCUCUGUAAAUCACCAUGAAAACUUUAUUUUUGUUUGUCCUUUUGCUAUGUGUCUGGGAGGCUACCGAAAGUAAGUCUUUAAAAGCAGCGCUUCAUUCAGUUUCUGCUAGAGUGCGUCGUGAAAGUGAUGACGUAACUGUUAGAGAGACACCAGGACCUAAGGAUCCCUUUGCUAUUUUCCACGGUGGGUCUGACACCGAGGAUGAAGUGGAUCCUCAUGCUGAUCACCGCAAUUUCCUCAAGGUAGAGCCAAACGGAGUUUACUAUACUGUUAGGACUGGCAGCAACCCCUCAGACAGGGAUGGACCAAUAGUGGCUUACUAUUAUAGUCCUUAUGAGCUACGUCAUCAGGGUGGAAAAUUUUAUGUAGGCAAUAUUCCAUUUUAUUUCUAAGAAGAAACAACGAACAUUCUCCUGUAAAUCUGAUCACUUAUUGUAUUCAGAAUGAAAUACAAAAACUUGAAUUUCCAUAUUCAGAAAACAGUGAUAAAGCAAUAAAAUUUCUGUAAACUGUU